AUGAGCUCGGAACUUACAGAACGAUGUGUCGAGUUGCAAAAUGACGAGAUCGAGGUGCUGGAAUCAAUCUAUCCCGGACAGACCACCCUAUCGGAUGAUGUCGGCGGGAAACUCCUCUCCAUGUCGAUACCCAUCGCAUUGGGUGGGAACACUCAAGUCAAGCUCGUGCCCUCUUUGUCUCGCGGAUCGAGGAACGGCGAAUCCUCCACGUCUGGACAACCGAUCGCCCAUCCCGAGCUGGUGCUCUCGCACCUCCCUCCGCUCACGAUGCAGCUCCUACUUGCCAAAACAUACCCUCUUGAGGCGCCGGCGCGGGUCGUAGCUCUCAAAGCUGGGCUGGAGGGGGACGAGCGGUCUAGCUGGCUGCCUCGCGCUGCGCUGCAGGCUGUGCAGAACAAGCUCGGGGUCAUGUGGACGGAAGAGAAGGAAGCGAUGAGCGAGGGAUCGGGGGUGCUUUGGAAAUGGUGGGACUGGAUAGGGACCGGGGAGUUUUUGGCAGAACUGGGAAUGAUGGAUUCCGAGCUAAGCAGGCUGUCUGUCCCUCCUGCCCUACCCUUAUCGAUCUUCCACACCCUUCUGAAGACGUACAACGCUGCCCAGCUCAACUCCUCCUUCGAGCAGACGGCGUUCUCGUGCACGAUCUGCUUUGAGAAUCGAAAAGGGAAGAGCUGCGUACAAAUGCCUUGUGGCUGUGUCUUUUGUAACCCAUGUUUGAAUGCCUGCUGGACGCUAGCUAUCUCCGAGGGCACGCUGGAGUCGGUAGCUUGCCCAAGUCCCGGAUGCGUCAAGAAACGCGCGACCAGGGAUGCCGGCCAAGCAGCGGAUGCGGAACAGGAUCUCGAUCCUGCUCUAGUUGAGAGUGUGGUAGGAGAAGAAUUGCGCCUACGAUGGGAAGAACUACGAGACCGGAGAAAGGCAGAGAUAGGUACGUCUCCUAUCCUGGCAUUGCUGAUUCCAGAUCCUACCUACUGUGUCUGCCCACAACCCAAUUGUCAAGCCGCCGUACCCCCACCCCCGACCCCAUCCGCCGCCGACCUCUCCGCUCAAGAAACAAUCUCCAAGCGCGCCUUCCGGAUCACUACAGCCCCCUCUUCCUCUCCCUCGCAACACCAGCCAUCAACGAUUCCUCGCGAGGAUCGCUGGGCGCGCUAUCGGCAAUGUCCCAAGUGCACCUUCUCAUUCUGCCUAUAUUGCUCCGCGACAUGGCACGGACCGCACACGCCCUGCUCCUUCCCCCAGACGUCACUCAUCGUGCUCGAAUACCUCUCGUACCCCGAAGGCAGCGCCGAGCGGGCACAGAUGGAACAGAGAAGAGGGAAGAGUAAUCUGGAAAGAAUGGUGGCGAGGUAUGUCGAGGAUGAAGAGAACAAGAAAUGGCUCGAACAGCGCACGAGAGCUUGUGCGGGCUGCGGAGUCAGGGUGGAGAAGAGUCAUGGGUGUAACCAUAUGACUUGCGGGCGGUGUGGGUCGCACUUUUGUUAUCGGUGUGGGACGUCGUUGCGCUCAACGGAUCCAUACAUGCACUACAGGACACCAGGAUCUUGCUUCGAGAAGCUAUUCGAUCAGGAGGAGAUCGCGCGAUUCGAGAGGGAGACGGCGAUGCAGCAGGCGGGGAUCGUGGAUUUCGACGGGGGAGAUGCGUGGGGUGCUAGAAACGUGUGGGAAUGGUAG